CACUCCACACUGUCCUCUAUUCAUUUCACCUUUCACCACCCUUUUUCUCCUUCUUGCUUUAUCUACAAAAAGCCAAACAUCUUGAUCUUCAUUAUUCACCAUAAACCAAACAUGUCUUCAAGUGGUAAAGAUUUAGUAGAAGGAGGAUCAUCAACCUCUCAAGGGAUCACACUUAGUCGCUAUGAAUCUCAAAAGAGAAGAGAUUGGAACACUUUUGGUCAAUACUUAAACAACCUAAGACCACCAGUUCCACUUUCUCAGUGCAAUUCCAACCAUGUUUUGGAGUUUCUUAGGUAUUUAGAUCAAUUUGGAAAAACCAAAGUUCAUUUACAAGGUUGUAUAUUUUAUGGACAGCCGGAACCGCCGGCACCAUGUACAUGUCCCCUAAGACAAGCUUGGGGAAGCCUUGAUGCUCUAAUUGGGAGGUUAAGGGCUGCUUAUGAGGAAAACGGUGGAACUCCAGAGACUAAUCCUUUUGCGAGUGGUGCUAUUCGUGUUUAUCUUAGAGAGGUUAGGGAGUGUCAAGCUAAGGCUAGGGGUAUCCCUUACAAGAAGAAAAAGAAGGGUACAAAUAAUCAAAACAAGGGAAAUGAUGGAUCAAGCUCAUCCAUGCACUUUUCUUGAAUUUCCAUUCCAAAAAAUUGGAUAAUUAAUGUAGCUUAUAUAAUCAAAUUGGAGUUCUUUCUUUACAAGACGCACUCUAAUGGAGAUUUGGCUUUCUAUAUUGGAUUGGUAAAGUGUUGGGCAUGCCACUCUUUAAUGUUUCUAUUAUUAGCAAUUUGUAAGCACAUAGCCUAAGACCCUAAACUCAUUAUAUAACCAUCGGUUAUACCUUGGUUUAUGUUGCAUUGAAAUACAUGUGACAUAAGUUGUUUUACCUUGCAUGCAUAUUUUUGGGAUUUGGUUCCAUGUAAGUGUUUUUUACCCAAUUCCAUUAAGUGUUAUUUGGGUUCAUUUCUUCUUCCAAAUAUUGUAACCAUAUUUAGAUUUUGCAUAUGCAUGUUACGUAUUUUAUGAAUAAUACGUUUACACUUCUACUCUA